AUGUUAGGAGUUGUAGGGCAUAGGUCUUAUGUUAGAAGAUGUACUCUUAUGUUAGGAGAUGUAGGACAUAAGUCUUAUUCCAGGAAUAUUUUUGAAGGAACCUGGGCCAAUAGAUUUUCCAGGUGCCCUAGUAAUGACAAGGGGGUACUUGAUGGUGGAGGACUGCUAGAGCCUGUGUUCAGAAGUUCCAACAGUAAUAAGGAAAAAAAUCAGCCAUCCGUCGACCCACGACCCCGUCUUUCAGCGUCCCAACAGGCCCAGAUCCUCAGCGAUGUCCAGCAACACCAGCAACGUUACCGUAGCAACCUCAGACCUCAGCAAGAUCUCUCAAGCUCAUUUUCUUCCCUAGCCAAGUACAAAGUGGACCGUGCGAAACAGCAACAGAUACAGCAAUUGCUGCAGCAACAGCAACAAGUACAGCAACUGAUACAACAACAACAGCAGAAAAUCGCCCAACAACUAAGUAACGCGAAUUAUCUCGGAGGCUCACAGCCUCAAUUCCAGUCCCAGUCGCCUAAGCAAUUCCAACAGCAAUUCAGUAGCCAGUACCAAGGUAGCAACAAACAAUACCAGAACCUCCAGCAGGACCUAUCCCAGCCACUAUUCAGCGAUCAGCAAACUGUGCAGCUGCAGGACUACCUGGAGAAGCAACGAGAACUAGAACAAUUACAAAAACAGAGGCAGCAACUGUUGCAGGAGCAACAGGAAGUACGAAAGCAACAGGAGCUCCUAAGGAUCCAACAGCUCCAGAGGUUAACCUCGACAACACCAGCGCCUGUUCCUGUAACCUCACCCAGCACGAUCUCUGUCAGCACCACUGCUUCCCCACUUCUAGUGUCUCUACCAACUGCAAGGAAGAUCACCCCAUCAGAAACAGACCUGUUCCUCAAAGCUAUAGCCACUCAUCAGAAGAAGUAUUCCACAACUCCCAUCCCAACUUCCACGACAAUCACCGCCAGAGCACCAAUCGUCACCACAGUCACCGCCAGAACGCAAUCAACGAAAGUCUCAUCCUCUAAUAUCCCAGAGAAUCUGUUGAGUCUGAUCCAGGAACAAGAAAAUCAAUUUGUUCAACAGGGCAAACCAAAACCACAGAUCAAGGUGAUCUAUCAGACCGAGAAACCAGCGACAGAGAAGACUGUAAGUGCUAAGAGCAGCAGGUCCUCUUUGGGAUCAGAAAGGGAUGUCCUGCUAAAGCAACUGAAGCUGGCCCUGGCCCAGUCAGUUGACGACGAUGUCAGGAACGUCAGCACCAGGGACAUCGUGCUUCCUAAUGGGAAGAAGAUUCAACUGAUCGACGCUCCAAGUGGCCUGUCCUCAGUGGUACCAACCGAUCCCUCGAAUUUAUCAUCGACCAUGGCCACUUCGACGACCACCAUCAGACCCCCGAAAGCUAUCCUCGAGGAGCUGACGAAGGGUGUACUUCCACCUGGUGCGGAUUUCGAGGUGAUCAGACAGAAGAGCGAUGGAAAACUGGAAGAGAUUGGAAAAGCACCGAUUCAGAGUCUACCGGCUAAAAAGGUGACGUUUGUGGUCCUGGAGGAACAACCAGAUGGUAGCUACAAGGUUCAAGGCGUGAAAGGGAACGCUGACAAAGAGGGAACCGAUGUUGACUCGAUCGUGGAGAGGAUCAAGAAAGGUGAACUGAAGCUGCCACCGAGCUCAACCAAUCCAGUCACUUCGAGCCAGAAUCUUAGGUCAAGUCUCGAUGAUUCCUCUUCGACCAGGCAGAGUACUGUCACCUAUCCGAGUAGCGGCCCUACCACUUUCAGGCCUACCACUGUCAGAUCUACGUCCGUUUCAUCGAGAUACACUGAGAGCAAACCCACGGAGUACUUCCCCCAGGUGACCAUCUCCCCAAAUUCAGUGUCCACCACCGACAAAUACCUGUCCUCUGCGUCUAGCGUCGCCAGUCACGUGUUCAACUCCGUAAGCACGGUGAACACCACGCCGAGACUGUCCACGUUGGACCAUGAGAGCCGUGUGACAGCGAAAUAUCCGACUGUCACCCGUAGCCACUUCAUCCCGACCAUGGCCCCGGUGAACGAGAUCAUCACAACAACACCGACCACGCUGUUCCAGACGACUUUCCCGCAUCAUUCUACCAAUUCGUACAUUCACUUCAACCCAUCCAGUGAAACUUCCCCGACGUCGAAGCCGAUUUCUACGACCGGCAAGCCGGUGACCACCUUACAUAACGAGAAUAUCAUUUACCAAGAUAGCUUCGAAAGGUCCACCGUUCCUUCAUCCACCACGGAAUUACUGUCGACGAAUAGUCAAACGGCCCAAGACAGCCUCACGUUGUUCCUGAGACGGGAGGGACUAUUCGCGAUGACCAAAUACUUGAGACAGUCGGGGCUUGAUACGGUGUUGAACGAAACAGGUGAGCACCACUGGUCCCUAAAAAAAAACUACACGAUAUUCGUCCCGACAGACAAAGCCUUCAGAACGCUAUUGGUGCAGCUCGGUGGUCCCGAAAAGGCGGAACAGAAAUUCAGAGAUAAUCCACGACUUCUUAGCGGGCUCCUUCUGCAUCAUGUAAUACCUGGAGCCUUCAGGAUCGACACUUUGCAAGACGAGAUGACCGGCGUCAGCUUGGCCGGGACGCAACUUAGGGUGAACGAAUACGCGAUGCACGAUCACGAGUGGAACGACGUGAAGAUAACAACGAUAAACGGAGCGAAAGUGGCGCCCAAUAAACGCGACAUCGAAAUCCCGCAAGGUGUCGCGCACGCUGUCGACAGGGUGAUGUUUCCACUUCCGGUUGGAGAUUUGGUACAAACCUUGCAAGCUGACCGCGAAAGAAGGUUUACCACUUUCUUGAAAAUGCUUUACAUUUCCGGGCUACAAGACACUUUGUCAGGGCCGAAAACGUUCACCAUCUUCGCACCGACGGAUUCCGCUUUCGAUGCAGCAACUUCGAAAGAUGGCGAAGGACCGAUCUGGACGGAAGAAGACGGACCGGAAGCGGCGAAGACGAUUAUUUCGAAACACAUUAUACCAUCGACCCUCUACACAGCGGGUAUGAGGUAUUACUUACAAAAGGACACGCUUCGCCCACAAUCGCCUGUACAUAUUCAUAAAAAUGCAGGUCGAGUCCGAGUGAACGAGGCGAAUGUCGUAACGCAUAAUGUUCCAGCGACAAACGGAGUUUUACACGCAAUCGACGGUGUGCUGUAA